AGUCCGGUGUUGAAUCUGAAUCCAGUGCUGAAUUGUGGGAACGAGAACGCUCACAAAGCAGAGUUGGAGCAGAUGAAAAUCGCCAUGGACCAACUCUCACAGAAGAUAGCGGAUUUGUCUAAAGCUGACGCAAACGACACAGAAGCCGACAAGCCACAAGAUUGUCAGGACAUCCUCGACAACGACGAGACCACGCCCAGCGGCGUGUACAUGGUUUAUCCACGGGACAACCUGGGCGGCUUCCUGGUCUUCUGUGAUAUGGACACGGACGGAGGCGGCUGGACGUUGUUCCAGAGGCGCCAAGACGGAACAGUGGACUUCUACCGGAACUGGAGGGACUACAAGACCGGCUUCCCUUCCAACCUGAACGGCGAGUUCUGGCUGGGGAAUGACAACUUGUACCGCCUGGCCGUGCAGAAAGUCUACCAGCUCAGGGUGGAUAUGGAGGAUGUGGAGGGGAACACGGCGUACGCGGCUUACAGCACGUUUGCCAUCUCGCCUGAAUCCCAGAACUACACACUCCACAUCGGGACUUACAGCGGUACUGCAGGGGAUAGCCUGUCGUACCAUGACGGGAGACCGUUCAGUACCAAGGACAGAGACAACGACGUCUACUCUUCCAGCUGUGCUCUGGAGUUCAAAGGUGCGUGGUGGUACGGUGAUUGCCACAACUCCAACCUGAACGGGCUGUACCACCUGGGUCCUCAUGAGACUGGCGCAGAAGGCGUCAAUUGGAAGCACUGGAAGGGUCACUACUACUCCUUGAAGCGCACGGAGAUGAAAAUCCGGCCAACUUCAUAACUUCAACAUUAUAUUGUAUCGUUCAUGCCAUUAUAAUGCAGAUAAAAACGGCAAAAGGUUAGCUGUAAAUCCCGUUAUCGAGAUUUUACUAAUAAAUGCCUAUAUAUCCGGAAAUUAUAACAACUUCGUUCCAAGAACAGCAUGGUAAAUUUCCAUGUUGUAAGAUCUCAUUGCUUUAAAUCCUACAAUGAAAGUAAUAAAAAAAGCAAAAUUAAUAUUCCAAUACAGAACGUUUGCAUUGAAAUAAUGUAAAAAUCUCUCAUUACAUCAGAGGCUAAAACCAGUCUAUUUUAACAAGCUAAAAACAUAAUUCCUAUAGGAUUAUACAAGUCUUAAUGACUUGUUGAAUGUUGUGUUUUGGAUUUGGUGUUACUUGCAGUGAUCAUGGAUUGCUAAUUAUUCCCUAUUCCUUUUAUAGAAUCAACAAUACGCAUAGUGCUUAGUAGAACUACUAUAUCUUUGUAUGAUCCUGCAUCUUUUUAUUUGAAUUUCUUCUUGAUGCAUUGCAUUAACAGAUGAUUGGGUUCACAGUGUCAUCGGCAGCUGUGUUUGGCACAGCUGAUAUGACUGUCUAUCUGACCAGGGAAAAUUUUGUUGUCAUCCGAAAUGACUUCUGUAUGAU